CGCGGUUUAGUUUCACACAUUAGGCAAGCGCUGCCGUAGAUUUGUUGGCUCACGCGAGCGCAUCUGUACCGUUGCACGACCUCCUCAACGUGUGUGCUGCAACUUACCGCAUUUCGGCAGCAGCAGAGCUAUAAAACAGGCAGCGACUACGCGCGCCGACGCCGCGGUACCGAGCGACGCCGCGCUCAAUAUAAAUAGCCGCCAUAAACAACCAUGGCCGGCGACACCAAGAAAAAGGCCCAGCAAAAAGUCAAAGACUCGGCGACGGGCGUCGAGGUCGCGGUCCCGCAGCCCCCAAAAAGACUCAGCGCGUACCAGAUCUUCGUCCAGCAGCAGCGCGACGCCACGAAGGCCGCGAAUCCCGCGGCGAAUUCCCAGGAAAUUCUCGGCAUCCUGGCCAAGGCCUGGAACGGCACCGGUGCCGAUGAGCGCGCCAAACUUGAGAAGGAUGCCGACGAAGACCUCGAAACUAAGAAAAAGAUGUGGGCCGUGGGCGAGGAUAUCCGCGAGGCCGAAAGAUUACGGGUCUGCAAGGCCUUGGAUAUGAGUGAUAAGACGACCUGGGCGUCGCUCUACGAGAAGGUCGUCGAACGGAACGAAAAACUCGGAAGGCCCGCGUCGCCUCGAAGUUCAAAAUCCACGUAUAAACCGCCCCCAAAGCCUGAUGCGGCCUCGAUCAAGAAGUCGCGGCAGUGGGCCACGGCGUUUCAAGGCCAAACGAGAAGGAAAGCCGUGUUAUCCGGUUUAGAUGCCAUCGCAGCACUAUCCUCGGAUCAAGCGAACUUCGACCAGUUCGGCAACGACGCGAUCCAGUGUUUUUACGAUGUUGCUAGAGCCACGGAGGACCCCGUGCGGGCGAACGCGCUGAUGUUCGUCGAACAAUUAGCUCAUAAAUGGCGCCACCGCAUCUUGAGCAGGGGCUGGCGGUCGUCGGGUCGGCCGACGCCCCAGCAAAUCCUGGAGACCAUUGUGGGGUUGUACUGUCUGGAACGAGUGGGUGUUUCUGCCCCGAAGCUCAAAGAGGACGUCGUUCAUGCUGUCACAUUAACUGGACCUGACGCCGAUGAUUCUCUCAAACCUUAUAGUUGUAAGGACUAUUUUGGGUGGGACCCUGUCCAUGACGCGACCGUUCCGGAAGGCGUUGCUGAGGUGUUGUCCGGCGAGGCGGUUACGGUGUACCGGACGCUAUGUAACUCCUUGAUACACGCCUUCUAUGCCGAAAGAGCCUCGAUAAAUAUAGGGUGCGGCUACGCCGAUGUCCUUGCGAAAGUAGCGACGUUACGACCAUAUAAAUCGCACGGCGAGCUGCCCUGGGAGUCGUAUGUGGAUCAAGCCUACCUGAUCACGCACGUCGUUUUUACGUUAAACAACUGGGGCGAGCUCGCUCUGGAGCCGGAGUUGCUGCCGCACGAGCAUUUGUUUAUCCGGGAGAAUUUGGGAGUGGCGGUCCGAGGCUCUGUGCGGAGAUCAACGAGUGAGUGAGUUACUUCCACGCCAUCGAGCCGACGCCGUCACGGGGAAGACGUCGCGUCGAUGGCGUAGACCCUCCACGCCAUCGAGCAGACGCAGUCACAGAGACACCAUCGCGUCGAUGGCUGGGGCGUCGAUGGCGUGGGGCGCCCGAACUGACGCGCGCGGCGACGCCGUCGACGCGGCAGUUUCGCGACGGCGUCCGUCCCACGCAGGUGCGCGAGCGCGACGCCCACCUCGUCGGCGAGUACGUGGAGUGUCUAAGGGCGUUUGGUUCUGACGACUCGGACCCUCUCAUUCAGCUGGGCAUGACGUUUUUGCUGCGGGCGCAGGAUCCAAACACGCACCGCUGGGACGUCGGUGGCGACGCGUACACGUCGUACCACGCGACGAUGGUCGCCUGCCAAGCGUUACUUGUGCAUACGCAUCGGGGCUACGGGCCCGGUCUCCCUUCGUGCGUCGCGGUCCUGGAGAAGUGGCACGCGGCCGAACGACCGGACGACGUGCGAGAAAACCCUGAUAUAGCAUUACGGAAGCGCGUCGACGAUAAAGCAAGGAAACCCCCGAAGAAGGAAUCGAAUGAAGAGAAGCCGGCGUCGCCGCGGCCCCAGAAGCCGGCCGCGGAGCCGAAGAAGCGGCCCGCGGCGCCCUCUGACCAGAAGAAGCGUCCCGCCUCGCCCGACAAAAGUGCGAAGCCCCCGCCACAAAAGAAGAAGAAGAAGGUCCCCCAGAAGCUCAGCAAGGAGGAUAUUGCUGCCGUCGAGGCCAAGAUCCAGGAGGCGGUCGCGGGCCAGGCCUGGCCCGUCGCGUCGAAGCUUCUGAAAAAUCUCGCGGAGAGCGACGUCUCCGUGGACCUGCUGAAGACGACGACGGUCGGCAAGACGGUCGCUGCCUUAAAAAAGGCCGCGGACGCGAAAUUGGUGAUGGCGGCCAAAGGCUUGGUGGCGCGGUGGAAGCAGAUGGUGCGCGACGCGGACGCGGCGUCGUCGUAAGUUUAGAACUAAAUUGACGGACGUCGGCGUGGGCGUGCGGUCACGCAGGGAGGCAUCGGCCCCGCGGCUGGCUAGGCUGCCUAGCUCUAAGCAAAGCAA